UUUUAGCAAUGGCAGAAGAACCGUACGUUUUCACUCUUAAAAAACGAAACAAUGAUGACGCAGAAGAUGAUUGGGAUCGAUAUUCGGAAAAUGUCCGCCCAACAAGAAGGGGAAGAAAGAUUGACGCACUGAAAAGAAAUGUUGAAGAAGUUGUUACCGAAGAAACUGCACGCUUAAAGCUUGAUCAACUUCUCGAAGAACUUCAAAACCUGGAAUGUUCAGAAGAAAGCGAAGAACUUCAGAAAAUUCUAGAUUUCUGUUCGUGGUUUGAAGAGAAACUUGCAAUUGGUUUUCACAAAGUAUAUUACGAACUUCUCUGGAAAAUAAUCAGCAGACAUGGAUUCCUGGAGAAAUACAAAGAGGACGAGAGAAUGCUUAAAAUUUGGGAGAAAAUGGCAGAUAAUAGCGCUGGUCAUGCACAUGAUAUUUAUCAGUUUGCUAUUAGCAGAAAAUCUUUAGUAAAGUGCGCUGCUCUCUACGCUCGUUGGUCUCAAUCUGUGGAACUAGCUGGUGCAUACGUAGAAGCCAGACGUGUUCUGAUUCUUGCUCGAACUAAUUGCGCAGUUCCAAUACAAAUCGUCAAUGAUGCCGAAGAUGCUCUAGAAAUGAGAGAAAUGCGAAGACAUCUACAGGAAAGAGACUCUGAUGAUGAUGAGGAAGAGGAAGAAACGAGAAAAGCAUUCACUAAUUUACCAGUGAUUGGUGAUAAUCAUACAGUUCCGAUUGUUCGUUUGCCAUCGAUGUGCUCAGAUACAACGAAGAAAGCGAUGAAGUUUGAUACGGGAAACGUGGAAAGGGUUAACCCAGUUUGUAAGGAUAAUCAAAUGCAACCAUUUGAGGUUCUCUCCUACACUGAUGCGGAUGACGUGGAAUAUUUGAGAAACGUUCAUGAGCUUCAUGCUCACAUCGAAAGAUAUGCCAUCAAGGAAACAACUAAUCCGAGUAUCACGGGAUCAUCUACUUCUGAAGCUGCAGCUGUUACUAUUUAUCCAGUUUCCAGUUCAGAGUUCGAAGUUUGGACUGUUGAAGGAUCUGGACCGACAAAAGCAAAGGCUAGAAUGGCUAUUAAGCGUGUUUUCAAGGAUUUGUCGUUUGAGGAAUAUGCCGCGUCUCUUCUGCCGAAUCACCCUUCGAUGGUGCGUGCAACUGCAAAAAAGUUGGAUUUCGAUGAGACAUUGUAAAUUUCAAAUCAUUUAUUUUCACGGAAAAAGUACAUGAGAAAACGGAGGAGAAAUCACUAGCAAAUCAAUUCUAAAUUUGUAUUAUGAUUUUGAUCACACUUGCAUUAUUUUAUUUCAUUUUCUUCAAUCAAUCUUGAUCACAUAAAAGGGAAACUGUAACU